AUGUUGUUGUCUGAACGUACGUUCCUUACGUCGCUUGAAAAUAAGAAUAGGAAACUCGCCAUCACUACCACGACCCCCGAGGGUUCUGUGUUGUCAACCUGGGUUCUAGGUAAUUAUCUCUCGGGGCAGGAUAUGAAAUACACGGAAGACGAAGUCAAAGGCGCAACAAGGCAUUUGAUUUCAUACACUUGGGCCUCGUUUGCGUGUCACCUUGAUGGCGAUGAGAACAAGAAGGCAAUUGUUCGUAUUCACUGUCAAGUUCCGCAUAUCGGUACCGAAUUGGACACCGUGGAAGAAAAGCGCACUCAGGUCGACGGCAGGGAGCGCGGGACGAAUAUAGAGUUAUCCGCACUGCAAAAUCUCCAGGAUUCAGGCGUUGUACCACGUCUUCUUGCUUGGCAACAAGGAAAGCAAGGGGAUGACGGGCCUGUUCCUGGCGGCUUCGUCGACCACAUCGUCUGGGAAAAGGUCCCCGGCGAGUCUCUCAACGACAAAACAUUCUGGGAGUUUAGCCUAGAGAAGCGAAAUAUCAUUCGCGAACAAUUCCGCAUCGCUUACCUAAAGGUUGCUCGCCUCGGUCUCCGGCAGAGAUUAAUGGGGGAGUCAAAGAUCAUCUGGGAUGAUGAUACCGAGACCUUACAUCUUGCUGGUUUCCGAAUUGCCGUCGAGAUCGACCCCACAGAGGAAUGGUCUGACGAGAUAUUCGUCAGUGGAUAUGGUGAUGAUGGAAUGCAGCCUCUAGCUCGCAAGAAAUAUUGA